AUGCACUGCGCAUCUGCGCCCACCUUCGCCAAAAGCUGCCCCGCAACACCCAUGACCUCAUCUCCACCCUACAACUCUAACCGACCAUCUUCAAUCUUUUUACUGAAUCCCUACCCGUCUCAAACCUCACCCAUUCUAUCACCAACUUCCACACUCUUCAGCCUUGGAAACACGUACAUGCCCAUCCGCCCUUCCAGCCUCCUCGCCCAAACACGCCUCUGCUUCCAACCCCUCGACCUCCACACCCGCACCCACUGGUCCAAGAUGGCCGCCGCCCCGCCCCCCAAGCGCCCGAUAAAAAUCCUCAUGCUACACGGCUACACACAAUCUGGCCCCCUUUUCCAAGCCAAAACCGGCGCGCUCCGCAAAACACUGCAAAAAGCUUUCCCAGCCGGCAUCGAGCUGGUCUACCCGACCGCGCCGAUCCGCCUCACGCCCGCAGACGAGAGCUGGCUCGCCGGUACAAGCAGGGACGCGGCUGCGGAUGGUUCGGGAGGUGCAGAGAACCAAGAGCAGGAAUUGGAUGCGUGGGCGUGGUGGAAGAGGAAGAGUUUGGGGGACCAGGGUGGUUACGUGUAUGAUGGGAUAGAGGGCUGUUUCGAGGCGCUGGCAUCUGUGUUAAGAAAGUCCGGGCCAUUUGAUGGCGUGGUGGGAUUUUCGCAGGGGGGCGCGGUGGCGGCGAUGUUGGCAUCAGUGUUGGAACCGCGGCGGCGCGAGGCGUUUGAGAAGAAGAUUGAGAGUGGUGGAAUGCCGUUCCCUGCUGCUUUUAUCCCCACAGCAGAUACAGUCUCGGCCAUCCAUCCUCCGCUCAAAUUCGCAGUUGUAUACUCUGGUUUCCUGCCCCAGGGUGCAUCACCAUACGCCGCCUUCUAUGACCCGAAGAUCCAAACGCCCGUCCUGCAUUUCCUGGGCAGCCAGGAUGUUGUGGUUGAGGAGAAGCGCAGUCUCGCGCUUGUGGAGGCAUGUGAGAAAUCUGGGGAGAGGUAUGUCGUGUAUCAUCCUGGCGGGCACUUUUUACCGAGUACGCAGAAGGCGAGUGUGAAUGCGUUGGUCGGGUUUAUCAAGGAGGUUUUGUGGGAGGGGGAGGCAAAGGGGGAGGAUGAAGGGGUGGAGGGGAUGGAUGUGCCGUUCUAG